CCUCUGCCGAGCCCGGCGGCUCCAGCUCACCUGAAGAAGGCACCCGGACGCCGCCGCGGCCGCAGCGAUGGCCGUUACGGCACGAGGCCUCGCUCCGCCGCCGCGUAGCUCUCGGGAGAGGGGCGGGGCGCGCGGCGGAUCCGCGCGGGCAGGAAACCCGCUCCCGGCCCAAUCUGAUAGGCUCCGUCGCCCCCCUCCCGGUCCCUCAAGCGACAGCGGUCUGCGCCGCGCCGGGAUUGGGCGGGGACACAUGUCGAUCAAGCAGGCGCUGUGCUGGGUGUGGAGUGAGCUGAGGCUGCGCGGCGGAAGGACUGGGAGAGAGAAGAGGGUGAGAAACGCUGGGCCUGCUGGUGACUGUCUUCGGUUUUGACUCCCCUGCUUCUCCGGCUCGUCACUUUGAGCCUUCCUCCUCAGUGCUGCAGGGGAGACUCCACCGCAAAAAUGACUGCGUCCCGCGUUGAGCCCCAACGGCUUUGGGAGUCUCCUCCUGGUUUCUGCACCUGAGGAGGGUCUUCCCAGGUGAAAGUUCUGAGGGACAAGCAGUCUGAACCAAUCUCAUGGCUCCAGUUCCUCUGACAAGAGUUCACAAUGGGAAGUGCCCUCCAAGGCACAGAUGUCCACUUCAGAUGUGUAAAGCAACUCAGCUGAAUAGAGGUCACCAGGAAACAAAGACGCCUCCAGUACCUGGUGAUUGGGAAGUGUCUAAUCCUCACCGUGAUAAGCACAAACAAUCAGAUUGCCAGAUACACCAACAGCUGCAGAGAUCAGUUGGAAGAUCUGAUGGGUGGAUCACAAUGCUAUCCAAGUUAAAAGGUAAACCUGUUAUGCAUAUGCUUUAUCUGCACCUCCAAGGCGAGCCACGCUGGCCUUCAUGUUAUCUUCAGGAAGCCAACAUCAACCCGUGGGCAAAGAGACUCCGUGCUCACAGGGCUACCUGCCUCGGGAGAGGGCCUAUUUCUGGCGAAAGGGCAGGGCAGGCCAUGGCCCAGGAAUCAGUCGACGAGCGCGCGCGAGGCACUUCAGCACCACGGACACGGGCAGCCCUGAUCAAAGUCCUUUCCCGCGGAACAGCCCACGGAGCUCGCCCCCAGCCACUCCGCCCAGCGCGUUACUCCCUCGGAGCCCCCCGUUGUGGCCGGGAUGCGCGCUUCGCGUCUCGCUCCCCGCCGAGCCGGCGAUGCGGGUCCGCGCCGCGCUCUCGCCCGCCCCAGCGCCAGUCUCCUUCCUGCCAGCUGGCGCAGCCCUUCCUCCCUCUCCUCCCCUCCCACAUGAGGCCAAAUGGGCGCACGUGGGGUAGAAAUGCUACAGCGCCCGGAGGGCUGUAGUAAGGAGAGAGUGUGUUUUCCUCCCCGGGCUGGCGGAGGCUGGGAGGACCUGCGAGCCUCCGCCGCCCCACUCGCCGCAGCCGGGCCCUUCCUCCACUAACCCUUGCCCUCGUCUCUCCUCGCGCGAAGAUUUCCACACACCGUCGACUCACCGCGAACAUCUCGACCCGUAUAGACUGGCGUUCAAGAGUCGCGGACUAAGGCAGUAAUGAGAAAUACAAAUUCUUGGCCAUAUUUUUAAAACUAAAUAGCAGUUUUUAAAAAGUUGUAUUUGAAACCGAUCCCAUGACGCCACAGGAACUCAGCCACCCUUGCCUGAGUGGGCUCCCGGGCGACAGGAAAGCAACAGCCACCGGCUUUUAUCGUGGGCGCCGGGGAGCGCCCGCACCUGCGACGGUGGCAGGCCGCGGGAAGCGGGGACCACAGCUGAUGCUGAUCCCAGCAUCUUGGCCUCCGGGUUCUCCAGGAGGGCAGCGCGGAGAACUGGGGCUUCGCGGCCUUGCAGGAGUUGUGCAGUGCCCCAGCGACGGUUUGCAAAGGGGUCGAGGCGCUUCUCCCCCUGCCCAGCCCUCACCCAAAAAGAGGGGCUCUGCCCCGUAGGUGUCGUGGCUAAAAACAGGUGGUGGGUUUCGGGGUCCCCUCCCACUCCUUCCCAGUGGGGCGACCGGGCAGGCAGCGUCAAGGUCCCAGUCCGCCGCUGCCGACCGACUCCCG